UAUUUUCUCCCCGCAAUAGAAUUGAGCAAGUUACUUCCGAUCUGAGAGAAAACCCUAAUCUCUCUCCGUCUCCGUCUUCGUCUUCUCUGAUUCCGCAAGUAUGAGUCGAUCAGGCCAGCCUCCAGAUCUCAAGAAGUACAUGGACAAGAAACUCCAAAUUAAGCUUAAUGCCAACAGAACGGUAGUUGGAACUCUCCGUGGGUUUGACCAGUUCAUGAAUCUUGUUGUGGAUAACACCGUUGAAGUUAAUGGUGAUGACAAAACUGACAUUGGCAUGGUGGUGAUAAGAGGAAACAGCAUUGUCACAGUUGAAGCUCUUGAGCCAGUUGGAAGAUCUUAGCUUUUUUAUUACUUUUGCACCACCAGUUUCCGUAUUUUGACUUGAGUUUACUCUCUGUAUUGGAACUUAAUUAGUAUCUAUCAGCAUGAAUCUUAAAGAAGUUUGAUAUGAUGAAUUUAUUCCUCUUUUUUGUUCUGAGGAUUUCUUUGAA